AUGGCGCAGUAUCAGGGCUUGAAUCAAGAGGACUUGGAAGGAGAAGGAAGAACUCAAGGAAAUCUUUCACACAUUGCUUCAGAAACAGCGAUGCGCCCAUAUCUAUCCUUCACUCCAAUCAAUCUUAAUCGUUCAAAAAGUCUAAACCCAAUAUCACCUUUGACACGAACAAUCAAUCCAUUGAGAACUUUGCGCAACACAGAUGUCUACGACCUACCAGAUGAUGCCCCGAGUCCUCCCACUCCAGGUGGUAAAAAGCGACGAACUCCACGCUCGAAGAAUGGCCCCACGAAAGUCUUACCCAAUGCCCAAUCGCAUACAAACACUACCGUUGAAGCUUGUGACACUGAACUAUUUGAGGUAGCAUCGCCGAAGAGGAGGAAAAUUCCUACGAAAGGAGCGCAACCAGAAUUCAAGGUCCCUUCUAGAGUAAAAACAAUACCUGCUCAUCAAGAUCUUGAGCAACCAUCCAACGAAUUAGGCGACAGGCCUUCUGUUUCUCAAUUGGUAACACCACCUGAUACUCAUAAGAGAUCUAAGAAGCGAGCGCUUUCUGCCACAGUUACCAAGCGGAAGAAAUCUUCAGAGUUGUUUCAGAACUCAACAGUUACCAAACCAGCAUUGUCUCGCUUCAUCUCAAAGUCUUUAGGAAAACAACCACAAUCCAUCAAUCGACUACAAGGUUUUACAACAACUGAGGAACAGAUGAAACUCAAUUCAAAUGGGAUUGCGAACACAACUUUACGGAAAUUAGCAACUUUUAGAUAUGUGCCUCGCGAUGAGAAUCCAUUGGCAAACCAAUCGAUCACUGCGAGCAAAAGAGAGGAGAUUCAUGUUACACUGGAUAAGUAUCGUGAUGGACAUGCUUUUGAAGAGUCACAUCAUACCUCAUCAGACUAUGCGCAUAUAUCGAGCGUCUCAUUUUUCGAAGAGGCUUUGUGGAUCCCAAAACAAUCUUUUGAUACCAAUGAGCCUGACACUAUUCGUAUUAACCAACCUCAAACCCAUCCCUUUUCUGAAAAUCUAUUGGCCUCUGACACGCAGCAGAAGGUAUUCCAAAUUGAGUACUCGCUAAGCCAAUCUUGUGGCCCUCUCACCUUUGGUGAAGGAAUACUGGCGAAUGCUCUUGAAAAAAACACCAAUAAUGAUGUUGGCAGGCAGCAGUCGCAACAAGUGCCGCCAACAAUCGACAGCAGUGUGACCACUCAGCUUGGAGACAUGACUUCCGAGGUGCCAGAAUACAAUACACAUCUUCCAGAAGUUAAUGAUCAGCUGCCCAACACCGGAUUCGAGCAAGAACAAGCACCGAAUUCUCGGUCACUGGCACUUAUGCCAACAAAUAGAGCCGGAACUUAUCAUAGCGACAAUCUAUUUGAGCGACUAGUCAUUGAAGAAGGCGUGCUAACGAACACAAAUCCUCCCCUAGAUUGUUUUGAUAGCGAUAGCUUUGGCGAUGAUAUUGAUGAUGAAGAUUUGUUAGCGUUGCUUGCAGAUCCCGCUAUUCUCGAGUCUCCCAUGAGAGGCGAAGUGAUCCAAAGCAUCCCAAUGCAACCAUGUUCACCUUCCAUUUCACAUAUCGUUUCUUCCUUAGGCACGAGAACAACACAAUUACACGAUCCCGUCACUCUUUCGCAAGAAGUCACUCGCACUACAUCUCCACUCAUCGUUGCGGAUGAGGGUGACGAUUUCCCAAUGGAUACAGAUUUGGAAGAAGAAUUGUGUCGACUCGCAGGAACAAGUCAAGUUCAAGGUGUUGUAGAAUCAUUUGAACCACCACCAAGUUUAACCCUUCCGCUUGACGGUGAUGAUACUGACAGGGAAGUAUACGAUGAUACUCUUCAAUUCUCUUCACCCCCGCCCCGAGAAUCAUUUUCUAAAGGAAUGGCGCUGGCCAAAUCCACUGAUAAAUCUAGUCCCUCGAAACCACCAGCGACACAAGAAGAUGCAGAUUGGAGGUAUAUUACAUCGACAGCUUUGAGGUCGGUCAAAGCUCCAGUCAUUCAAUCUUCGGAGGCCCUCAUCCAACCAUUGAAAAACAGACCUCUAAAGAAACUUUCUACACCCGUUCAAUCGGUUCAAACCAACAUAUCAAAAGUGUGGCUUGAUGAUAGUCAUGAAUAUCUACCCCUCGUACCGUUUGCUCGGCCGAAAUUUCCCCAAAUAGUUCAAGAUCGAUGCCCAAUCAAUGGAUUAUCCUCCCAAACCGUUCUUCGUGUUUGUUUCCGGAUUGGUGAGAUGCUUAAAGAAGGGAGUCGAUGCAAUGCGAUGGGUCAAGACGCAAUUAUAGAGCUCUUUGCCCGUGUUAAUUUCUCAUCUCGAGAACCUGGUACUACUAAACAGCAUUUUCAAUUUGCAGACUUAUUUCAUGAUCGACCACCAUUUGCUAAUGGUGUUCUCGCGAACUUUAAGAUGACGGGACUGGCAGAGAGUGAAAGUGGAACUUUCAUCGAAUCAAGCGAAUCGUUGAUGGUAAGAUGUUUGGGCAGAGUUAAGAAGGACGUGAAAAAUGGUUCUUGGCUGUUGCAUAUCAUCAAUGUCAGAGUGACGGAUUGGGAAGAGACAAGAUGGACGAAGAGAAUUGUUUGUGGAGAGCGUGAAGAACAAGUCAAAGUAAAGACCACUGCUACCAUUACUAACUUGUACGCGGAUAGAAAUAGAGUUUGGGUAUACGGAAGAGAUUCUGACUCCGGAUUUUCGGAAGUGUCGAAGAUGAAUCGCUCGCGUUAUGAAGCUCUCCCCCGCACCUCUUCUCCCUCCUCAAAUCCCCCGAUCCUUCUCGACCCAAUUUUUCAAAGUCACCCCUCCUACAACUACAACUCCGGCACUCCUACAUCUGUUCCCUCAUCCGCCCUUUCAAGCCAUCGAACAUCUAUCACUAGUAUCUCAUCCCGUACCCCACCGCCUAGCUUUCACAGUAGUCAAGUUGCGCAUCUGAAUAGUCAAGGAUCUUCGCAAUUUCCCUCCAGCAACACAUAUGGAAACGCAACAGGAGGAGUAAGCGGAGUAGGCGCAGCAGGGACUACACCAUUCCCUCCUUUCAACAAUUCAUAUGCUACGAAUUAUCCAGACUCCGCACCACCAUCUUUUCAUUCCCGCUCUAGUACCCCGCGUCCAACGCCGAGUACGAGGACGUUGGCAAGUAAUGUUAGUGGGGUUAGCGGUGUAAGUGGAGGAAGUGGAGUAGAUCUUUGGGGCGUAGCGACUACUACUUCUGGAGGCGAUGAAGCGGGGGAAGAUAGAGAGGGGACGGGGGGGCUAAUGAUGGUGAAAGGAUUGGAGAGGAGAAUGGAGAGGUUGGAGGAGAGUAUCGGGAGGUUGCUUUUGGAAAAUGAAGAACUUCGCAUAUUAAGAGCAGCUGGUACAGGUAUCAAUGCAGGGGGCGAGAAUCAAAGAAACAGACAGAAUUGCUGUGUUGUAUUCACCGAUGCAUCGAGAGAUAUGGAGGAGGCGUUGAUUAUGAAUGGCCACAAUAACUGCUGCGUGCGUUUUACCUCCUCCACAAACUCAUCAGAUAGAAAGUUGCAGCGUAAGAAAGAAUUGCUUAUGGCGAUUGCGUUUAUGACGUUGUUAGUGACGGUUUUUGUGCUGAUGGUUAAUGGGUAUGCGAGGGAGGCGAGCGGGGAAAGGGAAAGGGAGGUAGGGGGUUAUGAGGAGAAGAGGGAUUAG